AUGGGUCUCAUGGACGUUUUAAAAUCGUUCAAAUCGCCCAGUGGUCGUGAGAUUCGAAUUCUGCUUCUGGGCCUCGACAACGCCGGGAAAACGACGAUUCUCAAGCAGCUCUCAUCGGAAGACAUUCAACAAGUCACGCCGACCAAAGGAUUCAACGUGAAAACUGUCGCCGCGAUGGGCGAUAUCCGUCUCAACGUAUGGGACAUCGGAGGUCAGCGUACGAUCCGUCCGUACUGGUCCAACUACUACGACAACAUCGACACACUAAUCUUUGUUAUCGAUAGUAACGACAAGAAGAGAUUCGACGAGAUGUGCAUCGAGUUGGGCGAGUUGUUGGAUGAGGACAAGUUGCGUCGGGUGCCAGUGCUCAUCUUCGCCAAUAAGCAAGACCUUCCGACUUCUGCCAGCUCGGAGGAAAUCUCCAGAAAACUAAACCUCGACUUGCUCCGCGACCGCACCUGGCACAUUCAAGCGUGCUCAGCACUCCAAAACGAGGGAAUCAACGACGGCAUCGCGUGGACCCUCAUCAGCUCGCAUCCAAUUUCUAUCGACACCUACAAAAAGGAAGUGGAGAAUGCCGUCGAGCUACUCUACUCUGCCGACCACUUCCAUUACUUCUUCACUGAUAGGGAUGGUACCCUGAAAAGUUAUUCAUGCAGUUACCCGUCUAGUAUCCAGCCGGCCUAUUCUGGAGUUAUUCAGGCCCAAUUCGCGCGUCGCUGCGCUCAAACCUGUGUAAUCCUCACCACAGCUCCACUAAUGCAUAUCGGAGUUCUCGAUGUCUCCACUAUUCCAAAUGGUUAUUACUAUUUCGGUGCUUCCGGUGGCCGUGAAUGGUUCAUUGACUCCGGACACAAUUUCAAGGAUGAGUCGAUCAUGAAGGGAGAGAAGGCGGAUGUGCUGGCCAGUGCCUACACCCGAAUCUCCCAUCUCCUCGAAGAACCCGAAUUCCGUCAGUUCACCUGGGCGGGGUCGGGUCUCCAGAAGCACUACGGUCAUCUGACGAUCGCCUUCCAAGACGUGUACCGUUCUAUCACAGAGGCUCAAGGAAAACGGCUGUACGAGGAGGUUGAGAAGAUUAUUAAGGAUGUGGAUCCUCAGGGAACACGUCUUCAGUUGGCUAGCACUGAGUUUGAUAUUAAAGUUUAUAUGAAGACAGAAACCGACGGCCGUGUGUUUGAUAAGGGAGAUGGAUUGAGAAUGCUGUGUGAGAAGAUGCAUUGUGAUUUGACGGAAGGAAACGUGUUGGUUUGUGGUGACUCUUCGACGGAUAUCCCAAUGCUUAAAGAGUGUUUGAUAAGGAAUCCAAAAGGAGUGUAUACCAUUUGGGUUACUGUAAAUGAUCAGUUGAAGGAGGAGGUUCGCGCGCUAUGCGCCUCCUACUCCAACUCCAACGUUGCCUUCGUCUCGUGUCCAGAAGUGCUUCUCGGUGCGAUGGCUCAAGCCACUAUCCGCGAGAUCACCAUCACCAGAACCCGUAAAAUGUCCCGGAAUGUUGUCUGA